AUGGCGGAUGAUUCACCAACAGGAGGUCUACCAUCCACGGAUGACGGAUCGGCUGCAAGUCAGACAUCAAAAUUAAAGAGGAUCCGUCCGAGGAGUUCAAGUGCUGCAGCUGAUGCUACUGCAGGUACCGGGAUUGCAGGGGCUGGUAAUAAUACGAGAAGGUCGAUAGCUUGGGAUCACUUCAAAAUUAUUGUGGUUGAAGAUGUUACCAGGGCUGAAUGCAAACAUUGCCAGAAAACGUAUAAAUGUGAUACUCGAAGGAAUGGUACAUCUUCACUUCUUCACCAUAUCUCGGUUUGUAAAGCUCAUCCAGAUGUGGCCGAAAAAAAACAAUUGAAAUUGAAUUUGCAAGUAGUAGCUGAGGGUGAUGACAUGGUAGGAAGCUUAACUAGUUGGAAAUUUGAUCAGGAAGCCAUUAGGUUAGAACUAGCAAGAAUGGUUGUUGUUGAUGAGCUUCCAUUUCGGUUUGUGGAAGGUGAUGGUUUCAAAAACUUCAUGUCGGUUACACAGCCUAGAGAAUGGAUUGCUAGCAAUGAUCUUGAUAUCAAAGCAAUGGGUGAAAAAAUGAAAUCAAAAUACAAUAAAUAUUGGGGGGAUCCGAAAAAUGUGAAUCAUCUUAUUUAUGUGGCGGUUUUUGUUGAUCCUCGCUACAAGUUGGAGUUCCUUGAGUACGCACUUUGCGAAGAGCAUGGAGAAAAGAACGGUUCGGAGAUAUUCAAGAGUGUGAAGGGGAGUGUUCACGAGUUGUUUGAAGCUUAUAAGUUGAUUUAUCAACCUCAUUGUGCCACGUCAACACAAUCGACGAAUCGAGUUUCAAGUUUAAAUGAAUCCUCUCAUCCCGAUCUUUCAAAGAAUAAAUCUAGAUAUCACUUGGGGGAUAAGUUCAAAAGGCACAAGAUAGAGAGUGGUGAAGUGGAAAGCAAGUGUGACUUGGAUGUUUACUUGAAAGAGAGUACUCUUGUUGUCGAGAAAGAUGAUUUUGACAUUUUGAGGUGGUGGAAACUCAACCAAAGUAGGUAUCCCAUCCUCUCUUGUUUUGCACGAGAUGUGUUGGCGAUUCCCAUCUCUACUGUGGCCUCGGAGUCCGCUUUUAGCACCGGCGGUCGUGUUCUUGAUGAUUAUAGGAGUUCUUUAACUCCUAAAAUUGUGGAGGCUCUUAUAUGUGCUCAAGAUUGGUUGAAAAAAAAGAAAUCCAAGUGGACCAAGCCCCUUGAAGAAAGCUUAGAAGACAUUGCAAAAAUAGAAGAAGCUUUGCAAGGUGUUGGGAUUAGCGAUGUCAAUGACAAUGAGAACACAAUGGACUUAGAGGAAUAG